UCUACACCCACCCUGACAGCCCCCUCACCACAGGAAGUGUGCUGACCAGUGAGGGAAAUAAAAGGAGCUUCUGAGGAAUCUGGUCCACACUCUUCUUGCACAGCUCAGCAAGACCUCAGCCAUGAGACUUCUCCUCCUGACUUUCCUGGGAGUCUGCUGCCUCACCACGUACAAUGUGGAAGGUGUGGGGACUGAAGUCCUAGAGGAGAGUUUCUGUGUGAGCUUGACAACCCAGCCGCUGCCAGUUCAAAGAAUCAAGACCUAUACCAUCAGGGAAGGCAUACUGAAAGCAGUAAUUUUUGUCACCAAACGAGGAGUGAAAAUCUGUGCUGAUCCACACGCCAAAUGGGUGAAAGCAGCGAUCAAAACUGUGGACAGAAGGACCCGUGUCAAAAAGAACAUGACUGAAACUAGUCCCACGAGAGCCCAGAGGUCCACCAGCACAGCCAUGACUCUGUCUGGGUAGCAGUCUCCAGGACAGCGUUUCCUCAACAGCCCAACAGCUCAUCUCAG